AAUGAACUUCAGGUGUAAAUGUAUUGCUUCUUUCAUUCAGAAAAUCACGUAUGAAGCUUCAAGACACAGGCAACCGAUGAAGAAUCUUUCUUCGAUGUUUGUCAUUACUAAGAUUCUGUUAUUCAUUUUUCAUACCUGCAGGGCAAUUGAUUCCAUAUCCAAAUUUGAGUCACUUUCUGAGAACACCACCUUGGUUUCCAAAGAUGGUAGCUUUGAAUUGGGUUUUUUCUGUCCUGGAAGUUCUGGGAACUGUUACUUGGGUAUAUGGUACAAGCGAAUACCAGUUAAAACUGUGGUAUGGGUGGCCAAUAGAGCCAACCCAGUCAAAGACAACUCUAGCAUUUUGCACAUAAACAAGCAGGGGAAUCUUGUGAUUGUAACAGAAAAUGGGACUGUUGUUUGGACAGGACUAGCAGACUCCAGAAACAAGGCUUUUAACCCAUUUGUUCAGCUCUUAGACACUGGAAAUUUAGUAAUAAGAGAUGAGAAAGAUGAAGAUGUAGAAAACUACUUAUGGCAAAGCUUUGAUUAUCCUUCUGAUACCUUGUUACCAGGUAUGAAGCUGGGGUGGGACUUACAGACAGGUCUUAACCGGCAUUUAUCUGCUUGGAAGAACUGGGAUGAUCCAUCACCGGGAGACUUUACUUUAGGUCUUGCACUUGAAGGGUACCCUCAAAUAGUUAUGUGGAAGGGCCCAACAGCAUUCUAUAGGGGUGGUCACUGGAAUGGUAUUACAUUCAGUGGUGCCCCGGAAUUGAAGGAAAAUCCACUUUUUGAGUUCGAGUUUGUGUAUAACAAGGAAGAGGUGUACUACACAUACAGCCUCAGAAAUGAGUCAAUGAUUUCAAGAAUGGUUAUGAACCAAACCGUGUAUACUAGGCAGCGCUAUGUAUGGAUUGAGGGAGCUCAAACUUGGAGGCUUUAUGCUUCUGUGCCAAGAGACAACUGUGACUACUAUAAUCUUUGUGGCCCUAAUGGAAAUUGUGUUAUAGGUGACUCACCAAUUUGCCAGUGCUUGUCAGGGUUUAAGCCAAAAUCACCGGAAAACUGGGAUAUGAUGGACUGGACUCAAGGAUGUGUGCACAAUCAACAGUUGAGUUGCCAGGAUAAGAGUAAAGAUGGGUUUUUGAAAUUUAGCGGUUUGAAAUAUCCUGAUACUACACAUGCUUGGGUCAAUGAGAGUAUGGAUCUCAACAAAUGCAGGGAAACUUGCUUAGGAAAUUGUUCUUGUACAGCUUAUGCAAACUUAGAUAUAAGAGGAGGAGGUACUGGCUGUGUGAUUUGGUUUGGUGAGCUUAGGGACAUGAGACAGUUUUCUGGUGAAGCUCGUGAUCUAUAUAUUCGGAUGACAACAUCAGAAUUUGCUGAGAAAGAUGUACAUAAGAGGAAGGUGGCUGCAAUAGUCAUCAGUGUUGCCUCGGUUCUCGUGGUGAUUCUGAUUUUCUCCUACAUUAGCAAGAGAAUGAAAAAGCUCGAAGUUGAGGAAACAGAGAAUUACUUGAUGGAGAAUAAUGUUGAAAGCAUGAAAGAAAACCUCGAGCUUACUUCGUUCGACCUUUCUCGUAUUCUCAAAGCAACCAAUGGCUUCUCAACAAACAAGAAGCUUGGCGAAGGCGGUUUUGGGACUGUAUACAGGGGUAUCCUAGAAGAUGGACAAGAAAUUGCUGUCAAGAGACUUUCACAGAGCUCUAGACAAGGAUUGAAUGAAUUCAUGAAUGAAGUAAUAUUGAUUGCCAAAUUGCAGCAUCGAAACUUAGUUAAGCUUCUUGGUUUUUGCGUUGAAGGAGAGGAGAAAAUGCUUAUUUAUGAGUACAUGUCUAACAAUAGCCUAGACUCAUUUAUCUUUGAUCAUGUGAAAAGUAAAGUUUUAGAUUGGUCUAAGCGCUUCAACAUUAUCUACGGAAUUGCUCGGGGACUUCUGUAUCUUCACGAAGAUUCUAGAUUAAAGAUAAUACACAGAGAUCUUAAAGCGAGUAACGUCUUACUUGACAAUGAGUUCAACCCAAAAAUAUCAGAUUUUGGCAUGGCUAGAACUAUUGUCGGAGAUCAAAUUGAAGGAAACACGAACAUGGUCGUUGGAACAUAUGGUUAUAUGGCACCUGAAUAUGCAAUUAAUGGACUAUUCUCGGUAAAAUCUGACAUAUUCAGCUUUGGUGUAUUACUGCUUGAGAUAGUAUGUGGAAAGAAGAACAGAGAAUUUUCCCAUUCAGACAACUGUAUAAACCUUAUUGGACAUGCAUGGAGAUUUUGGAAAGAAGAAAGGGCUUUAGAGCUGAUUGAUUCAUGCUUCAAGAAUUCAUGUAUUCAAUCACAAGCACUACGCUGCAUUCAAAUUAGUCUUCUAUGUGUUCAGAGGCAUCCUGAGGAUAGGCCCAUAAUGUCAACUGUGGUUUUGAUGUUGAUUACUGAUAUUGCAUUACCCCAACCUAAGGAACCUGCUUUCCUUAUUGACAACGUCUUAGUUGGUGCAGAUUCUUACCAUAACCAUCAGCUUUCUACAUCCAAUGGAGUAAGCAUCACCAAGUUAGAGCCUCGGUAGUGGAUCAUUUACCAAAAUCCUACAAUGGAUCAAAAUAAAGAUAUGGAGCACAAGUUUGAAAGAGUUAAAAUCUUUGCAUUUAUUCUUCCAAUUUGGUACUAUUUAUAGAUACUAGACCAAAUAUAAAAGUGAAGUGUUAUAAACC